CAUCUUUUCUUACUUGAUUCAACUUAUAAAACAUCCAAUUGAGGAUUGACAACGAGUCUGACAGAAUGGUAUCCACAUUCAAGCUAAGCACAACUUUGAGCGGCCACGAACAAGAUGUUAGGUCGGUUGUGGCUGCUUCCAACGAAAGUAUUGUAUCUGGACUGAGAGAUGCAACUGCCAGGGUAUGGCACCCAUUGAGCACCGAUGCUUCCAAAGGAUGGUCUUCUGAGGUGCCUAUAGAGUCGACUAUUGCUUUCCAGCUGCCAACAAAUGCAUUUAUCAAUGCCGUCACUUAUAUUCCUAACGAAAAAGAGCCUUUAUUAGCCGCUGCUGGUCAAGAAGCAAUCAUCUACUUGACGUUACCACAGGACAAUUUCGUGAAGGCCGGUGACGAUUUCGGAAAGUACCAGUUGGUUGGGCAUUCUGGUAAUAUCUGCGCCUUGUCGUAUAAGGACGGAUACGUUAUAUCUGGAUCGUGGGAUUCAACUGCAAAAAUUUGGGAUUUGGAAUCCUGUACCGUGAAAUUCGACCUUCAAGGCCAUCAAUCGUCCGUAUGGGACGCUAAGAUCGUUGAUGCGUCAAAGAACAUCUUUUUGACUUGUUCUGCUGAUCGAACUAUUCGUAAAUGGAUUGGUAAUAAACAAGUUGCUGAAUAUUCGGGCCAUAAUGAUGUCAUCAGAAAGUUAUUGGUUUUCCCCGAUGCUAAAUCUUUUGCAUCCGUGUCGAAUGAUGGAACUAUUAAGGUUUGGGAUUUGGAUUCUGGGGCUGUUUUACAAACCUUGGUUGGCCAUGAUUCUUUUGUAUACGAUAUAGGUAUUUUAUCAAACGGUGAUUUGGUCACUACUGGUGAAGAUAGGACUGUUCGUGUGUGGAGAAACGGCAAUAUUCUUCAAGUGAUUACUUUACCAUGUAUCUCUGUAUGGUGUUUAUCCGUGUUACCAAAUGAUGAUAUUGUGGUUGGUGGUUCAGAUAAUAAUUUAAGAGUCUUUACUAGAGAUUCUAACCGAUUUGCCCCUCAAUUCCAAAUCCAGGAGUUUGUAGAAUCUGUUCAACAAUCAAGUAUUGCAGAACAGUCUAUUGAUGACUUGAAAAGAACUGAUAUUCCAAGCUCUGAUAUUUUACAAAAUCCAGGUAAACAGGAAGGUCAAACCAUUAUGGUUAAAAACCCCGCGGGUGUGAUAGAAGCCCACCAGUGGUCAGGUGGUGAAUGGGCAAAAAUUGGUGAUGUGGUUGGCUCUGCAGGUGGUGGCUCUGGUAAAAAAGUUGAUCUUAACGGUCAAAAAUGGGACUAUGUUUUCGAUGUUGAUGUUGAAGAUGGGAAACCACCUUUGAAGCUUCCUUAUAAUAGUAAUGAAUCUCCUUAUGCUGCAGCAGAAAGAUUCUUGGCCGACAAUGAGUUACCAGCUAGUUAUUUACAAGAAGUGGUACAAUUCAUAGAGAAGAACACUGCCGGUGUUCAACUUGAUCAACAACUGGGUCCAACCGCCAACCCUUAUGCUGAUGUUCACGGCUCACCAGCGCCAGCUGCUCAAUCAAAAACUCAACCUAGUAUUCUUCCUCAAAAAACGUUAAUUUCAUUUAAAGAUUUUAAAGCUGAAACAUUGAUGAAAGGUCUUACAAAGUUUAAUAACGAGCAAGCCAAUUCUAAGUUCACUGAAUCUGAGCUUUCUCAAAUAUCAACCAAUCUCCUCAGCUUGAAUUCCAAAGAAGCAUUGGAGUUAAUUACUUUUUACAUUCCUAAGAUCAUAAAUGAAUGGGAUGCAAGCAAAAAAUUAAUUGGGUACGAUUUACUCAGAGUGAGUAUUCCACGAGUUACCACUGUCGAUUUAAUCAGAUCCACCGAUGCCGCCGAAAUAAUCUUGAAGGCGUUAAACACUGGGUUUGACGAGGUGGAAACCGACGGAUCUCCCUUGUUCAUGAUGCUCUUGAAAAUAUUGAAUAACUUGGUUGGUAGCACCUUAUUCUUACAACUAUAUAUCACGACAAAUGACUCCGCUAACCAAUUGAGUUAUAAUGAGUUUUUCGAAGAGUUGGUGGCUAAAUUGGAAAGUAUAACGGAAAACUUUGCCAGCUCUCAAACGGCUAAAACCAGUAAACAUUAUAACACCACAUUAACUGCUUUAUCCAGUUUCAUUUACAAUUUAUCUGCUUUGGUUUUCAUCAAUUCUUCCUUAAGAAGCAAUCCCUCUGCCUCGGCCCCAGUCGUAUCGCUUGCAAAUGGUGUUGCGUAUCCUUUGAUUGAAUCAAACGCUGAAGCAGCUUACAGAUUAAGUAUGGCAUUUGGUAAUUUUGCUGUUGCUAAAACCAUAGAAGUGUCACCUGAAUGGUCUAAUAAAGUCAAGGCUUUAUAUGGUAGUGAACCAAGGUUUGCUGAAUUAGACCAAGAUUUGAAAAAAAUAUAAUCAUUAAAUAAAUCUUAAAUAACUAUAAUAAAAAAUCU